AUGGCAAAACUCACUGAUGAUGCCGACUACGAUGCCGGCGAAACGUUUGGGAAUGUAUCAAGUCCACUGUCAGAUGCUGGGAAUCAUGACAACUACUAUGGCAGAAGACUUCGGACUAGGUGCGUGCAUCAGGUCCACUGUCAGAUGCUGGGAAUCAUGACAACUACUAUGGCAGACGAUUUCGGACUAGUUGCGUUCUACAUAGUCGCCCUGACAACAGGACAAAGUUGCGACAACGAGGUCAACCCACUUAAAUCAAUCGAAAGGAGACUGCGACCAUACCAGAGGCCGCAACAUCUUGUUUCUUCAUAUCUUCAAACAGGUUGUGAAAGGUUGGACGACGUACAUGUUCAUCCACGUUUGGCCAAAGUGUAG